AUGGCACCAACUACAACUCUCAAGACCAACAACGUUAAGACCGAAACUGAUGACGAUGAUGAAUGGCAAGAAAUGCCAGUCAUCCGACCAGACGAUUCAGCAUACGAUGAUGAAGACAAGAAGAAAUUCAGAUAUAUUCCACCGAAGCGUGCAACCGCAAGUAGUCCGGAACGAGAGACCGUACCAUCAUCAAAUGCGAUUGGAAAACUACUUGAUCUAUCAGAGGCUGCUGCAUCCAGAGGAGAAGACUGGCGAGAGAAAUCAAAAAAUCUAGAAGAAUCGAAAUAUACUAGGCUAGGACUUGACGAUGAUCCAGAUGAAGACAAUUUGAAUAAGAAGACUCAAUACCUAUUCGACUAUGACCAUGACAUGACUGCACUCAAUCAACUCCAAGCCACCAAGAAUUUAUUGAACGAAGCUCAGAGGAUCGCUUAUGUCGGGAUGUGCAGCUUGGUGAUGAAGGAGAUGCUGGAUUCCUUGAAACGAGGCGGUCAUAACGAAGUCACUCCAGCGGUUGAAAGUAUGAAACGAUGGAGUUCACAUAUCAUAGAUCAGCUUUGUAAGCAUAUGGACAUCGAAAGCCGUGAGCGCCAGAUGAUUCAGCAGCUGGCUGAACAUGGAGUUUUGGCCGAAGAUAUAGUCGAAUGUUUGAUCACCACACAUACAGUCAAAAAUCCUAAUUAUGAUCCAGAUGCAUCUGAUUCAAACACGUCCGAUGGAUCAGAAAGAAAAUCAUUCGAACACUCAUCAAGCCAAUCUGUUAGUGACGACGCCUCUCUCAGAUCGCGUUCUAGUAUGGAGAAUGCCUGGACUAACAAGAACGAGAACACCAACCCAUUUGGCUCCUCUGAUAGCGAUGGCUUCCGGACUUCAUUUCAGUCAGGUGGUGAACCAUUCGCAAGUGAUCCCGCAAGCUCCAACAUACCUUGGGCCUCAGGCUCUGAAUCUUCCAGUCUUCCUAAAUCUGAUCCACCUCCUGAACCCGUGAAAGAAGAAGUGGAUGAUUCAGAAACGCCCAAACCUUCGAAGAAUUCCUUCCCUCCUCAUUCUGAGCCUCCCAACCGAGAAGAACAACCCACUCCGGAACCCGAUGAGCUACCCAACACGUUGCCCGGCAUUUCGAAAACGAUUUCUGCCUCGGAUGAAAUGAUGACUCUAGAUAUUCGGUGGACGGUACUAUGUGACUUGUUUCUAGUUUUGAUUGUGGAUAGUAUCUAUGAUGCUCGAUCGAGGGUGUUUUUAGGAAGAUGUGCGCAUAAACUACGUCUUUCGUGGAUGGAUGUCGUCCUGUUUGAGCGUCGGUUGACAGAAGCGCUCGAAGUGGAAGAAGAUGUGAGGAAAGAAAACAAUGCUGAGGUAAUUCAAGAACACGAUCGGAAAUCGAAAAGGAAACGAUUGGUCAUGAUGGGCGCGGCUACGAUCGGCGGUGGUUUGGUUAUUGGUCUCAGUGCGGGUUUAUUGGCACCCGUCAUUGGCGCUGGCUUGGCCGCUGGAUUUACAACCAUCGGAAUUGGUGGCACCUCUGGAUUCCUCGCCGGAGCUGGUGGUGCUGCUGUCAUCACGACUGCCGGAACUGUCACGGGGAUGAAUAUUGCUGGAAGGGGGAUGGGUAAACGCACUCAGUCGGUAACAACAUUCAAGAUCCUUCCAUUGCAUAACAAUCGCCGAGUAAACGUCUUUUUAACUCUGCCAGGAUUUAUGGAAGGUGCGAAUGACGACGUUCGACUGCCGUUCAGCGUGAUGGAUCAAUCUAUGGGAGAUGUGUUUUCGAUUCUGUGGGAGCCAGAGAUGAUGGGAGAAACAGGAAACAUCCUCAAGAUUUUAACCUCUGAAGUCUUGACUCAGGUGGGACAACAAGUCUUACAAGCGACCGUAUUGACGGCGUUAAUGAGUGCAUUGCAAUGGCCCUUGAUGCUCACGAAACUCGGUUAUCUGAUUGAUAAUCCUUGGUCUAAUGCUCUCGCUCGAGCCCGAGCGGCUGGAAUAUUGCUAGCUGAUAUCUUAAUCAAGCGUCACGUCGGUAUCCGGCCAGUGAGUUUGAUCGGAUUCUCACUGGGUGCUCGGGCGAUCUUCUAUGCGUUGGUUGAAUUGGCUCGUCAGAAGGCCUACGGAAUAGUUCAGGAAGUCUACCUUCUAGGGGCAACAGUGACUGCGCCCGCAAAAACCUGGCGCGAGAUUCGAGGUGUCGUCGCUGGUCGGUUCGUCAAUGGGUACUGCCAAAAUGACUGGAUCCUCGGAUAUCUAUAUCGAGCUACAACGGGAGGUAUCCAGACCGUGGCUGGGCUAAGUCCAGUCACAUCAGUGCCUGAUAUGGAGAACGUCAACUUGACCGGAAUCGUGGUCGGACACAUGAGUUAUCGAGCCCAGAUGCCAGUGGUCUUGGCAGAGCUGGGAUUUAAAGUGACAGCCGAUCACUUCGACGAGCCGGACGCGAUGGAGGAAGAUGAGGCCCCUGAAGAGGAACCGUCGGCGCUGAAGACGAUGAAAGAAGCUGAAGAGAAGAAGCGGAUGAUCUUCAACUUUACCAAAAAGCUGAAGAACGUACGACCGACCUCUCUAGUCCUCCAGAAGACUCACUCAAUCUCUGGAUCUGUACCUGCUCGCAGGGACGACGAUCAUCCACCCCGCGAACCCCAAUCACACGCUCGCUCUGCAUCAUCUGCUUCCACAUCUCGAAUACCGGCCUCUGAUCAAAAAGCCAGUCUCGAUUCUUCCCCCUCUCUUUCAUCUGAUACGUCUUCCAAUCAAGCUCAACAGGCCAAUCAACCCAAUACGUUUGAUCUAUCAGCCAUCCGUUCAGAGAUCGCUAAAUUUACAGCCACUCAUUCCCCACAAGAUAAACCUCAUCAACCGGCUUCCCCCAACCGCCAGUCAUCCAUGCCCACAAACUCUUCUUCUUGGAAUCAUCCUGACUCCAAAUCUUCCGCUGCUACUCCUUGGACAGAACCUAAUGAUCCCUGGAGAACUUGA